CCCUCCUCCGCUCCCUCUCUCUCGCCUUUUAAUCAUGCCCCUCUGUCUGUGUGUGAGUGCAGGCAGGCUGACAAUGAUUUCCUCAGUGAUUACGUACAGAGCGAGUCCCUGCGGGUUAGGGGCCCCCUCUGGAGCCAUCCUGAUGGCUUUGGGGGCCUUGCUUCCAUUUUCCAUUAUUAUGUGGACUACCGGAGCGACAGCGCAGUCCAAGACCUUGCAGCUGUUUGCUUUUAGGAUGUCUCGCCGCAAGCAAGCUAAACCAAGAUCACUCAAAGAAACUCAGAUUCUAGAAACAACCAGUUGUAUGAAGCCUUGGGGUUGGCGGAGGAGGAAAAGAGUAGAAGAAAAUGAAACAGAGGACCAUCAGGCAGGUGUGGGACACACAGCCGCACAGACUGACCCUAACUGUAAACUAGAAGACAAGGCAGAAGAUGGAGAUGUGCUAGACUGUAAGAAAAGGCCGGAUGAAGGGGAGGAGUUAGAAGAAGAAGCUGUGCACAGCUGUGACAGCUGCCUCCAGGUGUUUGAGUCACUGAGCGAUAUCACAGAACACAAGAUUAAUCAAUGUCAACUGACAGACGGAGUGGAUGUUGAGGAUGACCCCUCUUGCUCAUGGCCAGCAUCAUCACCUUCUAGCAAGGAUCAGACUUCCCCAAGCCAUGGAGAAGGCUGUGAUUUUGGAGAAGAGGAAGGAGGCCCAGGUUUGCCCUACCCGUGCCAGUUCUGUGACAAGUCGUUCAGCCGCCUCAGCUACUUAAAGCAUCACGAGCAAAGUCACAGUGACAAGCUCCCUUUCAAAUGCACGUAUUGCAGCCGCCUCUUCAAACACAAACGGAGCAGGGACCGCCACAUAAAGCUUCACACGGGAGACAAGAAGUAUCACUGCAGUGAGUGUGAUGCGGCGUUCUCAAGGAGCGAUCAUCUUAAAAUUCACUUAAAGACUCAUACGUCCAACAAGCCAUAUAAGUGUGCCAUUUGUAGACGUGGGUUCCUGUCAUCUAGUUCACUGCAUGGACACAUGCAGGUUCACGAGAGGAACAAAGAUGGCUCCCAGUCCGCUUCCCGGAUGGAGGACUGGAAAAUGAAAGACACUCAGAAAUGCAGUCAGUGUGAAGAAGGCUUUGAUUUUCCUGAAGACCUUCAGAAGCACAUUGCAGAAUGUCACCCUGAGUGUUCCCCUAAUGAAGACCGAUCUGCUCUUCAGUGUGUUUACUGUCAUGAACUCUUUGUAGAGGAAACGUCCCUAGUAAAUCACAUGGAGCAGGCUCAUAAUGGUGAGAAGAAGAAUUCAUGCAGCAUUUGCUCUGAGAACUUUCACACUGUGGAGGAGCUGUAUAGCCACAUGGACAGUCACCAGCAGCCAGAGUCGUGCAACCACAGCAACAGCCCAUCUUUGGUAACUGUGGGGUACACAUCAGUCUCUAGCACUACCCCAGAUUCAAAUCUCUCGGUGGAUAGCUCAACAAUGGUGGAAACAGCUCCUCCUAUACCAAAAGGUCGUGGAAGGAAGCGGGCAGCUCAGCAAGUGCCAGAUAUCACUGGUCCUUCAAGUAAGCAGGCAAAAGUUACUUACAGCUGCAUUUAUUGCAACAAACAGUUGUUUUCCAGCCUUGCGGUUUUGCAGAUACACCUGAAAACUAUGCAUUUAGAUAAACCCGAACAAGCCCAUAUCUGUCAGUAUUGUUUGGAGGUAUUGCCUUCUCUCUACAAUCUGAAUGAACAUCUUAAGCAAGUCCAUGAAGCUCCAGACCCAGCACUGAUUGUUUCUACCAUGCCUGCCAUGGUCUACCAGUGCAACUUCUGCUCUGAAGUGUUCAAUGACCUCAACACCCUCCAGGAGCACAUCCGAUGUUCUCAUGGAUUUGCCAACCCUGCUGCUAAGGACAGUAAUGCAUUCUUUUGUCCCCAUUGUUACAUGGGAUUUCUUACAGAUUCUUCCCUGGAAGAGCAUAUUAGACAAGUCCAUUGUGAUCUUAGCAGUUCCCGUUUUGGUUCUCCUGUGCUCGGAACCCCAAAAGAUCCAGUGGUGGAAGUGUAUUCUUGUUCUUACUGUACCAAUUCUCCAAUAUUUAAUAGUGUUCUUAAACUGAACAAGCAUAUCAAGGAGAACCAUAAGAACAUUCCUUUGGCGCUGAAUUAUAUCCACAAUGGGAAAAAGUCCAGAGCCAUGAGUCCAUUAUCUCCUGUAGCCAUUGAGCAGACCUCUUUAAAGAUGAUGCAGGCAGUUGGAGGUGCUCCUCCUCGUCCUGCUGGGGAAUAUAUUUGUAAUCAGUGUGGUGCUAAGUAUACUUCCUUGGAUGGUUUUCAGACUCAUUUGAAAACACAUCUUGACACUGUCCUGCCAAAACUGACCUGCCCUCAGUGCAACAAGGAAUUUCCAAAUCAGGAGUCACUGCUGAAGCAUGUUACCAUUCACUUCAUGAUCACCUCAACCUACUACAUCUGUGAAAGCUGUGACAAGCAGUUCACGUCUGUGGAUGACUUGCAGAAACACCUACUAGACAUGCAUACGUUUGUGUUCUUCCGCUGCACCUUGUGUCAAGAGGUUUUUGACUCCAAAGUCUCCAUUCAGCUGCACUUGGCUGUGAAGCACAGCAAUGAGAAGAAGGUAUACAGAUGUACAUCUUGCAACUGGGAUUUCCGCAACGAGACUGAUCUGCAGCUUCAUGUGAAACACAACCACCUGGAGAACCAAGGCAAAGUACACAAGUGCAUCUUCUGCGGUGAAUCCUUUGGUACGGAGGUGGAGCUGCAGUGUCACAUCACUACACACAGCAAGAAGUACAACUGCAAGUUCUGCAGCAAAGCUUUCCAUGCUAUCAUCUUGCUGGAAAAGCACUUGAGGGAAAAACAUUGUGUUUUUGAAACGAAAACUCCAAACUGUGGAACAAAUGGGGCAUCUGAGCAAGUUCAGAAGGAGGAAGUAGAACUCCAGACGUUGUUGACAAAUAGCCAGGAGUCCCAUAACAGCCACGAUGGCAGUGAAGAAGAUGUGGACACAUCUGAGCCUAUGUAUGGCUGUGACAUUUGUGGUGCAGCUUAUACCAUGGAGACUCUCCUGCAGAAUCACCAGCUGCGUGACCACAACAUUCGACCUGGAGAAAGUGCCAUAGUGAAGAAAAAGGCUGAGCUCAUUAAAGGGAAUUACAAGUGUAAUGUGUGUUCUCGAACAUUCUUCUCUGAAAAUGGGCUUCGAGAGCACAUGCAGACACACUUGGGACCAGUGAAACACUAUAUGUGCCCAAUCUGUGGCGAGCGGUUUCCGUCUCUUCUGACUCUUACUGAACAUAAGGUCACACAUAGUAAGAGCCUGGACACUGGAAACUGCAGGAUUUGCAAGAUGCCCCUCCAGAGUGAGGAGGAAUUUUUAGAGCAUUGCCAAAUGCACCCUGACCUGAGGAACUCCUUGACGGGGUUCCGCUGUGUGGUGUGCAUGCAGACAGUGACCUCCACGCUGGAACUGAAAAUCCAUGGCACGUUCCAUAUGCAGAAAACUGGAAAUGGUUCUGCUGUGCAGUCCACAGGACGUGCACAGCAUCUCCAGAAACUGUACAAGUGUGCGUCUUGCCUGAAGGAAUUCCGUUCGAAACAGGAUUUAGUGAAACUUGACAUCAACGGUCUGCCAUAUGGUCUGUGUGCUAGCUGUGUUAAUCUCAGUAAAAGUGGUAGUCCAAGUGUCAACAUCCCUUCAAGCAGUAACAGACAAGGCAUGGGCCAAAAUGAGAACUUGAGUUCCAUUGAGAACAAAAGCAAGGCAGGGGGACUGAAGACUCGCUGUUCUAGUUGCAAUGUAAAGUUUGAAUCAGAAACUGAGCUCCAAAACCACAUUCAGUCAAUCCACAGAGAGCUUGUUCCAGACAGCAACAGUACACAGCUGAAAACACCACAAGUAUCUCCAAUGCCUAGAAUCAGCCCCUCCCAAACUGAAGAGAGAUGGGGGUCACAAAAUUCAGACGCUGUGGAGAGCUGUUGGCUCCUUGAAACUCAACUUCUCCGACCUAAGAUGAAUCCAGAAACGGUAUCACCCUGGGAGAAAGAACGGAGCUCAGAGGCUUCAGAUGAGGAACUUGGAGAGGCAUCUUCCUCACACCCAUGGAAAACUUUUCAGGAGAGGAUGAAAGGAUAACAUGUUCUCCAAAAUUUUCAAGAGCACUAAACCAAGAUUUCCAUAAAAUGAACCAGGGUUGGGGGGGUGGAAUGUGUGCUUGAAGAAACACAGAAGAACUGGAGAGGGACACAGGAAUGUGGAUGAAGUCUUUAAGGAUCCCUAUAGAGGGCAAAUGUAGAUUCAGCAAAGCUUUCUGAGACAAAACAUCCAUGAGGUGUAUGGUCCUACAGCUCAGCCAUGCAGCCAACUGUCCUCUUGGGGCUUUCCCUGUACUCGUACCUGCUGGCCAACUGGCUGGUGUGGAAUGCCACAAUUUCUGCACAGCCCCACAGGAAAAUCACAGUAGUGAUGAGUGUUUGUAUUCUGAUCUCAGAACUGGGUAGGAACUAGAAGAAAUUUCACACAAUUUUCUAGCCUGAUCAUCUUUAGGAACAAGACACAGAAAAUCACUACAUAUCUCUAUUUGUCUGCUGGUUUGCAUACCUCUAGAGGAUUCUCUCACUUCUACCUCUUAUUUUUGGACUACUCUUGGCCAAUUUCAGGGAAAAAUUCAUAGAUUAAUAGUAAUCUCAAAGCCUAUGAAUUGUUACAAUGCUUGGGAAGAGAGCUGACCCAGCAGGUAACAGAAUCCAAGUAGGAAAGAGGCCCUUAAGAGAUCCAAACCAGGAAGAUGGCUGUAGCUGAAGUUUAUACCUGCUUUAUAUGCGAAAGUCAAGUGAACACAAGACAUGAAAUUAUAGGAGGAAACUAUGAUCUGUUCUUUGUGAGACUCACAGGCCAGCUUCUUAAGUGACUGUACAUGAGAACUGUUUUUCACCACAACUCAAUAAAGUUGUUAUAUAUGAUGUGUGUAUUACUUUGUCUCGUACAACAAACAUAACACCCAGAUUUGUUACUCUGUCAUGAGGGAAAUAAAAUGGGCUAACCAUUAAUUUAAAAUGGGUAUGAAGCCCCAGUUCUGCUUGUUUCAUGAAGUUAUAGAAAAUGAACAUAAGAAAACCACCUGACAUGCAUCUUGUAGUAUCUUGUUAAAGGAUCCUGUUCUUUGACCUGUCAGAGCUCUGUGGGAGCUGAUAGUUGAUUUUGUGCCUGGCAGUUCAAAACUGUGAGAUACCUUUUUUUCCUGCCAAAGCCAUCUUUCAUUUUUACUGUUUCCUGCACUGUAUUAUAGCUUAUUGGGUAAAUAUGACCGGUACUAUUUUAUACAGAAUAUUUUGCUGGGUAUGACAGCAGAGAUGUGUCUCUUGGUAAUACCCACCCUUACCGUGUGACAUUCUAGGACAAGAAGCAGAGGAGACAAAUGGACACAGAGGAGGUUCCCUCUGAAUAUCAGGAAAUACUUCCAGGGCAACCAAGCAGAGGUUACCUAGACAGGUUGUGUAUCCUUUUGAGAUACUCACAACUCAUCUGGAUGUGGUCUGGCUCUAGGUGACCCUUUUUGAACAGGAGGACUGGACCAGAGGAUCCCCAGAGAUCAACCUCAGCCAUUUUGUUCUUCUGUGGUUUCUACCCAUCUUUGGGCCCAUCUGCCAGAUGUAUGUUGAUGUUACCCUGUUCCUUGGUGGAUAAACCUUUGUUGCUGGUAUAUGGCUCCAUAAGUCAGUGAAUAAAAGGGCAGGGCCCUUCCUGAUACUGAGCAUCUCAGUUCAGUCCUACCAAUAAUAAUGUGCAUUUCUGGGAAUCAUUUUUAAUGCCUGUGAAAUGCCUUUGAAGAGUGUCUUAGAAAUACUGCCACUUAGAAAUGCAGCCAUUUCAAAGUGACUUUCUGCUUCUGUACUCAAAAACAAGGUGGGAGGUAGGAGAGAAUAGAGCUAUUUAUCCCCUUUGAUUAUAUGUCCACAGUUUUGGUGUCCUGUGUUGGGAUACAUUUCCUGUUUUUUGCUUAUUAUUCAGAUGUUUCACAGCAUUCUGUCUAAAAAGGUACAUCUGAUGGCUUUUCGUAUCUGGAAGGCCACCUCUUUCUCUCUACAUUUUCCAGUAGGAAACAGGGUGGGUCACCAACAAGGAAUGAUCUGAGACUUCAAGUUUCCAGAUUUCCUUCUGUGUUUGUUUUACUAUUGCUACAACAGUCCUCUUGUCUUCUGCUCUGAUGGCUGGAAUGGGUUUACGACCAACCUAUAGCAACAUGGCUGUCUGCUUACAAAUCCUUGCAACUAUCACAGGCAGUGGUCAACUUGUAAUUGAUCCUGUUCUGCUGCUGGGUGCUUUUCUCACAGGCCUAGGCAGGGAGUGUAUACAUCACCUGGUGAUUUUCCCAAACUAUCAGUCUUAACCAUAGUUCCUCAUUUCUCAUAUGCUCCCUGCUUCACAGCUGGUUUGUAUGAUGGUGGUUGAGUGGUUGAAGUCCUUCAAACCUAGAAGUAUGGCAUUCUGCUUCAGAAACAAAUUCUGCAAUCCUUUUUUUUAAGAUAAGACAAUGGUAAACUGAAGCCUCAUGUAAAAAGACAUUAACUUUUUACAGGAUGUACCUAAGAGGAACUGCUGGUAUUUUAAGAAUUAAUGUGAAAGUAAAAGAUUAUGAAAUAGGACAGAGGCAAUUCUGUGAAGUUCCCUUAAUUCCCUUAGAGGAGAGCGAGUAUGUCUUCACAGGAAAAAAGCCAGUUAGACACAAAUCAUUGUGGAUAGUGUUGAAGAGUGGCUGAGCAGAGUGCUUGUUUUGCUGGUACACCACUUCCUUGGGCAGCUGCUCUGCCUCAGCGGAGGUUUUUCAGCUGGGCACACAGUCAAGCGUCAUUGCAGUGUCAGCAGCUGUGUGCCAGCUCAGAUGCUACCAGUAUAUUUGUUAAUGUUGAUGUGGCCUAAGUGUAUCCAUAGAGGGUAGAACUAAAAUCACAGCAAUAUGAUUGUAGGACUCUGCUCUUGGCAUAUUUCGUAGUGCCUUUUUAAAACCCCAGUCUUGCCCAUGUUAUCAUGUGAAGCCCUCAUUUGUGAAGUCCCAUUGACUUCCCCAAAUGCAGAGCUAAUUGCAUCAGAAGGAUCUAAGGGGUUUACUCCUUCUCUUGAUACUUCAAUGAAAAUUAAUUUCUUAUAUAUUAUGUAUGAGUAAUAUAUUUCUGUUUGUACAUUAAUAUUAAUGUUGCAUAUUUUUGAGCACAAGUUCUAUUCUGUAGGAUUAAAUUAUCUUGGUAAGUAAUAGUGCAGAAUUCAGUUUGAGUUAAAAGUGGACAAUUAAGUGUAGGGGGAGGGUCCUGAGUCACACUUUGGAAAGUGAAAUUAAUCAGCAUUAAUUCUCCUCAGAGUGGGAGAAAAGCAGUUGUGGUGUUUAAAUUACAUAAAAAAAAGGUAUAUAAAAAGCUCCUGAUUUUGCCUUUCUGUUAAAAUCCAGAGAGCUUUUACAAAAUCUGUGAUGGAGAAAAGAGACAAAAGUAUUCUCUUGUGCGUACUUGCAAACUAUUAAUUUUAUUGGCCUACAUCUGUUGCUGAUUGUUGGUGAAGAAAGUAGUGGCUUUAUUGAAUGACAGUCUGUCUUAGUAUGCCUUUUUUAAAAAACAAAGCAAAACCCCCAAAUUUAAAAGGGAAAAAAUAUCAGCUUACUCAGAAUAUCAGCUUUUUGAGUCUCAGACCUGCCAAGUCAAACUCUAUUGCUCUUGCUUUGAUGUCACUUCCUCUGCAGAAUUAUCAGUGUGAUGUUGGUCAUAGUUCCUCCUCAGUGUCUGUAGCCACACAGUGGCUCUGACACAGAUGCUGAGUGUUGGGAUGUCUCUGGAUGGGUUGACAGCUCUAGGGCUUCAGAGGGUCUCAUUGCCUUUGGUUUUAAGUGCAAUGUAAGGGGACAGAAAGCAGUGGGGACUCUGACAGAAAGUUCAGUUGCUGACACAGCCCCAAAUUCCUGAGCACUGCUCAGCAGAUACAUGUGCACUGCUCAGAGACUCAGCCUCACCCAGGAUCAGGCCCUCACACAGAAAGACAGAAAAAGCUGUAUUUGCUUUUUAGAUCCCAAAUCAAAUUCACAGUAUUUUAAGCCUUUUGUAUUCAUAAACUAUAUAAGCCUAAUAUGAAGUAAUUGAGAGAGAAAAUAAAUAUACAACCAUUUGCUGCCAGGUUUUAGAGUUACUUUUCUGACAGGUAUUUCACUUCAGUGCUGAGUUUGAAAGGCCUAGAGAGAGUUAAAGGAUUAGGCAUCUCAAAGGGAAGAGAUACAGUUUUUAAAUGUGGCAAGAUGUGUUUUUUUCUGUGCGGGGAUGUGAGACAUUGCAAGCUAAUGCUCUUCGUCAGGUAGGGGAGGAAAAGGUUUGUAACUAAGAGACAUUGAAGACAGGCAUGAUUAAAUACAGACUCCAGAAUAAAGGUGAAAGACAGAACAGCAGACCAUGAAUUCAAGCAGAAUAGAGAAGUAAGGACUGCUAACAUGAACAUUUGUGUUUAUGACUCAAUAUAUUUUGUGCAUGCAAUAAGUAACCAUAACGAAAGAAAUGAGGAAAAAUAACAUUUCUUUCCAUUUUUCAUUUUGCUUACCUUAUGGAAUUGAGUGUAUUCUUUCCACAGGCAUGUACACUCAGACUCUGUUGUAAUUUAGGCCCUGAUAAAUGAAAACAGUACAGAAAAAUACUUGUAAAAUCUCCAUGAACAUGUUUUUAAAAGGAGUCAGGAAAUACUAAUUAAAGGGUUUUGUGUGAGCAAUUACAAGAGUUGGCGAUUAGUCAAUUAAAAAGAAAAAAGGAAGAUGACAGUGGCCCAUAAGCAAGAUAAAUAACUAACUAUGCAGUGAAACUGGCUAACAUAUGCUUAGCUUUCUAAGAGCUUAAGGUUGACAAAAUAAGCAUCCAGGAAGGUAAGAAAGAAAUACUUAAUUAAAGUACUGUCAAAAUUAAUCUGAACUCUGAUGAAAAAUGGCUAAAUGGACAAAGCUAGGACUGUGGUUGCUCUUGUGUAUCAUGAAGGGCCAAGCACACUGCUAAUGCUUAAUAAAAUAAUGGUAUUAAAAAAAUCAGCAUUAGGAGUUAGCACUGGCAAAUUGCUGUAGUUAGUGUGCAAGUUUCAAGUGUCUUGUUAUUUUCAUAUGAGUUUUUAGAUGCUGUUCACUUUCUCUUGUCAGGUUAUUUUUGUGUCAGUUUAAAAGGUUGAAUUAACUCCACCCUUUAGGUGAGGGGAACUGAGUGAAUGACUGAUAUGGGAGAAGGGAAUUAGACCAUGUGAGAAGUGUAGUAUCACUCUUUUUUGGCAACAGCAGGUUGUCUCAGCUCUGUUAUUGAUCCAUACACUCAGUCUGUGCUAAAACUGAGGGGAAAAAGCCUUGAAAGUCCCCUUCAGUAGUGUGACAAGGGCAAAUAAUGUAAUUAGGUGUAAACAGGAGGUUAUCGAUGGGGUAACAGGUACACAUCAAACCCAUUUUUGAUCAGGCAAGGAAGAGAAGUGUGAAAGGAGCGUAGAACAAACUAUGGAUGCCUGCAAGCCUAAGACUGUAGAUGCCAUGCAUUAGAAGCUAUAAGUGAUAUUUUGGUUAUUUCAUAUAGGGAAUACGUAUUCAGUUAAAAGGGGCAUGGGUGCAGGAGAUUCAGAAAUCAAGGAAACCUGUGCUGUUAAACAAAUGCUUUGUCGUUGAGCUAGUGGCAUCUACUCCCCAUGGAGAAGAAUGAAGUACAGAUUAGAAGUAACAUAAUGAAGUAUAAUACACAAUAAAUUACUCACAAAAAUAUCCAUUCCAAAAUUCUCAGUGAAAGCAGCUGAAGAUAAAAGGAAACAUUAAGCAGAUAAACUUGCGGUCUUUAAGAAGAAGCAUCAACAACCUGGGAAAAGGCCACUAAACAAACAUUUAACAGGGAAUAUAAGGCUUAUGCAUGAAGGUUCUGGUUUGUGAGCUUGAUUUAAACUGUGAGGAACAGAAGAGGAAGGCUAAUCAAAGACACCAUAGUAGAAUGUUUGGAUUUAAUGAAGGAUAGAGGGCAAAGAUUCACAGAGGGAGGAUCACGCUUAAAAUUUUCAAUAAAGAGUAUUUUUAGAGAAUAGCCACAAGUGCUGACAGAGAAGCCUAUAAACAUGAUUUACCAGGAUUUUAGCAAAGCUUUUGAAAUGGUAUAGCACAAAAGACUAAUCUGUUGGGUGAAUAAGUACGGCGUAGGGAGAGAUACUUUCUUUGAUUAAAAAAGAAAAGAAACACGAUCUUGGGUAUGGAAAGCAUGUGAGUCCUGUGAAUUGAAGCAGGUUGGUUUGGAGGGGUGUAAAUAAUGGAAAGCCUUAAGAAUCAUUAUUUGCACCAAUUUUGUUGAACUUAUGCAGCAUAUCAGUAGUCUGGAAGAAAGAAUAAGUAGUAAGGUGAUGAAAUUCCCUGAUAGUACAAAACCGGGGAAAUGUCAGAACAAAAUAGGCAAGUGAUAAAAUACUGAAUGAUUUUGACAAGGAGGUGGAGCAUGAGUCAAUAAGUAGCAUAUGCAGUUCAUUUUCAAGUAAUAUAAUGAGGCAAGGGAAUAGGAAAAAAAGAAUGUAUCAGUACCUCAGACAGUCAGAGGGCACAAAAGUCCACACAGAAGUAUUUUCUGCAUACUUUUGAAGCACUUCUGAAUAGAACUGUAAAUCCUCUAGCAGUGUGGUUAUUAGUUGUUUUGCUUUAUUUAUGAAAGCAAAGCAAAUAAAGUUCUGUUCACAGAAUUGAAGUACCAAUUGAAAGUUUGUAUUCCUGGACUGUUCAUAAAAGCAGGAAAGUCUCAUUUUUCAUGACAUGGACAUGCUGGGCACCUUUAUAGAAAAGAAAUUCAGAAAACUGCAGAGUGGUAAGUGAGGAUUGGGACAAUAAUUAAAGGUCUAGGUGACAUUAAUUAUUCAAAAGGUUAGGGAGACACAUGCAUAUGCCCAAUCCAAAGCUCUUAAAAUGAAGUCACAGAGAAAAUUUGAAUGCUGAAGCCUUUAAAAUGGUUGUGAAAACAGGAAUGCAACAGGCACCCAAUGGUCUUGUGAGACAUUUGUCCAAGCAGUUACUUUUCUUACAGUGAUUUUGAAAGGCCCCAGGAAUGUCUUAGGCCUCAGAUUUACACUCAGCAUGGAGGAGACAAAUUGGCACUUAGGUUCUUGACAGGAGGGGGUUCAGUGAAGGACUAUGGGCUGGCUUGCUGAUUGGAGAGUUUUUAUUAAAAGAUGAGGUAAUGAUAAUAUUAAUAAUAAUAAUAAUAGUAGGAAAAAGUUAAACCACGUUCUUAAUCGCAUGUGCCUUUCUCCUCUGGAAAAAAUCCUUGGUAGUUUUUGCUAGACAGCACAGAACACGUUGCAUCUUCUUUUAGAACAGGUUGCAUCUUCUCCAUUAACUGAACUGGUUCUGUCUGAGUCCAUAUAGAAAUGUACUGGCAAGAGCAUUCUGUAGCCCAUCCUUGCUGAUUUGAAAUUACUCUCUUACAGGAAGUAUAUGUCAGCUUUUUUCUGUGUUUGUAGGGAAGAAUGACAAUAUUGUCAUUCUUCUGUCUCCCCAGGAGACUGACAGGUAUCCUUUGGGAAAAGCAGCUGUGGCAGGUUAGGGUGUAAGUGCCCUUAACUGACCACUCUUCAUUGUGUGGAGUGGAUAUGCUGAGGGCAAUGAGCUGGAGCAGCAGGGCCUGGGGCGCCUCCUCAGUCCUGCUGAGUCCUCCACACGCUGGUGGCUUGGGCAGAGGGGCAAGGGAGCUCAGCAAGAGCUCCCUGCUGCAAACAGCUGGAGCAGGACAAGGCAAGGAUGGCUGUCACAGCCCUGAGCUCCUUUCUGUUUAGAGCCAUCUUGCACUGCAAAGGCUGGAGACACUUGAGAGAAAUUCGAAUGCCUCCUUGAGUCACAGUCCAAUUCUUCUUCCGUGGUGUGUCACACAAGUGCUACAAGGCUUAUUUCCUUCCUAUCCAGGCAAGGGGCAUGGAGCUGCAAUACCUCAGGGUUCUUUUCUGUCUUAUUCCCCCAAGUUUCCCCUUUUUGGGAACAGUGUGAGGAGGGGCUGGGUCUCCCCCCAGAUCUCACCCUUGUAGGGAAUUGGGAUCAGCCAUGAAGCACAUCAGGACCCAGGAACUCCUGCUAGCAGUUAUGAGUCCCGUGGUUCUGAUAAAGCUUGUGAGACUAAUGUGCAACUUGCAGCAAACAAGGACUUCCUUAGCAUGUGAAACAUAUGGAAAUAACUAUGUGGGUUUUGUUCAACAUGGUGUUAAAACGACUGGGUUUGAUCACUUUGAAAAUCUAGGAGUAAAUGGAAUUUACUGAGUAUGCUUUUAAAAUGAAAACUUAAUCAUGCACAAGUUUAGACACUUUGAGAUGAGUGUGUAUUGAGAUAAUAAAAGUUGAUGUCAACAUUUUAGAGUAUGCUUGGAAACAAAAAAGAAUGAGUGCUUGAUCAAGCAGCAGUCACAAAAACAAUCUUCUCUUCAUGAUGAAAAGAAAAACUGUGUGUGAUUCUGCAAAUAUGUCAGAUCAUUUUGAACAGGCUAGUAAGUGCUAGUAAAUUAUUAUUUUUUGUUGUUGUCAAAUCACUUUACUUUUUAACAUUUGACUUCAAAAAAUCCCCAACCUUUGUAUGUGUUGUCUUUAUGUACAUCACUCAUAAUUUUGCUGACAAUUUUUGACAUGCACUCUGCAUUGCUCUGCUAACAAGAGAAAAGACCAGCCAUUACAUUUAUGUUUCUUUGUUUUUCAACAAAGUCACAUAUCAGGAAUAAUGCUAGGGGUAUGCUAAUAAACAACACAUAGUGGCAGUCAUCGGGGAGUAAGAAAUAUUUUCUAACUAGUUCUAAAGGGAAACAAUGUUUUUUAAAAAGGGAGAGUGAUUGUUAUUUAUGCAAUAUUGUUCUAUAUGUCAGCAUCAAAAAGCAUCUUGUAAAGAGCUUAGCAUAAUAAAUCAUUGAUUUUGACUGUCAUUAUUCAGAGGUCUUUGCUAGAUCUAGAUGUAGUGUAGUAAGGUUAAAUUUACCAACAUAUAAUAGGAAAUCCUUAGAAUGAAUCUGAUUUUCUACCAAUGACACCAGAAUUGUCACAGGAACGAAAAAAAGAGAAAAAGUAUUUUAUCUUUUAAAACAGCUAGCUUUACAAACAGUAACAGUAACACUAAGUCAAAGGAGAUUUGGUUUCUUGGUGUCCAUUGUUUUUUCGUUGUCUACAUAAUGAUUUAACUAGGUUAAAUUUUGAAAAACUAAGGCUAGUUUAAAUGAAAAUCAGCAAAAAAAGGCUUAUUGUUGUUUCCACCGUGAAGAGACGCAGAACAUUUUAUUGUCAUUGAGAAAAUUAAAACAUCCUCUGUGUAUUGCGAAGCAAUGGGAGAUUUGUAAAGAGGAGCCCACAGGAACACUUAAUUUCAGAGUUGACUUUGAUUAGUCACUAAUUUUUCAGUUAACUUGGUAAGGCAAAACAACAAAUGUUUCAAAAAUCUAUAUAUUCCUGCUUACAGGCUUGAAAUAGGAAGAUACUUAAUAGAUGGCUGCUUUAUCUGUCUGGGACGGGGCACCUAAAUUUAGAUGCUGAUAAAAAAAUCCAGCAAGUCUUUAUUACUGUUUGGAGUCAGGUAAAAAUAAACAACACCCUUUAAAAAUAUAAUUGAUAAUGCCAGCUGCAUAAAACUCUUCACAAGAUAAAUAUAUACAAGAGAGGCUGUAUUUUUGAUGCACAUUAUCCAGUGAACCCUAUUUCUUCUCCAACUAAUAUAUGGGAAAUCUGCAAUUUAAUGCAUCUGUUCCAGCUUCUUGUGACUUUACAUUCUUUAAAAAAUAUAUGUUUUUCUGUGUUUUUUUCUUCUUCUUUUUGCUGAUGUAGGCAAGGUGCCUGUGGCUGUACAGAAAGAUCUGUGUCUCUUGAGUUACUGCCUUGAUGUGGCAGUUCAGGGCUUACCUUGACAAUGUUGCAUCUUCAAAACAAGAAUUGAGCUCUUCAGGAUUGUUACCUUAGGACUUGAGUCCUUGAUACUACAAUUAUGCAGUUGAAUAAUGUUAUGAAUCUGGCUUGUCUCAUUAGAUACCUGGAUAACUGCAGAUUUUAAGUCUUAUGAAGGAAAAAAUAACCUUACUUUGAAUACACCCUUAGCUUUCACUUUUAAAACAAUGCUUUCCAAUAUCAACUCUAUGGCUAAUUCAGAUAAAGAAAAAGAAUAAGAGAAAAUGCAGUUACAUUUUUAGGAUGUUGAAAUGUCUUGGAUAAGUUAUAUACCUCGUAGAAAAGCAAAAGAGCAGAUCUUUUUUGAAAGACAUCAAGACAGAAAUGAAAAAUGUGUUCUGUGCACCGAAUUGAGCAGAGUAAUGCAUUUCCUGGUUUAUAAUGAAAUUUGAGCUGUAUACACCAUGAUUUUUAAGUAAGUCAAGCCCAAUCUAAUGUGGCCAGAAGGCAUGGUCUCUGGCUAGUUUCCAGUCAGUUUUAGUACAGGCUUGCCAAUAGAUAUUACUGAAGCAAAUGCCCUGAUACAGGGACUUUUUGUCCAGACUAGUUGGGAGGUUUUCCUCAUUGAAAAAUGGCAGCCUGAUGGACCAUUUACAAUGUGUGGUGCAGAGUAGAUUCUGCAGCCUCACUGAAAAUGAGAGAAGCAUAUUCUUCACUUCUGUGUUCUUUUCCUGGCUUCUUCCUUGUUCUUCCAUUGGUGGAAUGGAAUAAAGUGAAGGAUCCCCAUUGAUUUCAGUGUUGUUUGGCUUACAUCCCAUAUAUCCUCAUUCCAUUUUGCCUUCCAUGAGUAGGAUACUGAUGUUUUAGCAAUACUGAUGUGUUCAUGUUGUUAGGAAGUUGACAACAAUCUCUACCACGUUUCAGGAAACUCAAAUGAAAGGUACUACAUGACCUGCAGAGUGUUAUUGUUUUAAUCUUAAUAAUUAAGCCUUAAUGAAAGCACUACUGGAGAGCUUCAAAUGACCACUGUGAACUUGGU